AUAAUAUCAGGUCAGCGGUCGUUUAUUCUUAAAAAAUGGCGGAAAUCUUGAAGAAGUGUGAGAUUUUACUUUGUUUCUCGUGCCUCAGUUCUUUGCUUUUACUGAACAGUUGUAGUGCCACAGCCCAGAAAUGCAAUGUUUUGGAAGUUUCCCAACUUACCAGGUCUGCUCAACCAGUAGACUUUCCGGUUCGGGAAAAAUUUGCGCCAGUAUGCUUCUUAGGCUUUGAGCAAGUGUCUUUGUAUCACAUAUGGAGCAGUGUUAGUAUAACACUCCGUGAAGAGGAGAUUGAAGGGUCCCAGAUUCACUACUCUGACAGCUGUGAAGCAUUAUAUGAAGCCAAGGAUCCCGCACUUGCUAGACGGAUGCUAUCAUGGUUUGCUGAUCUUGAUGCACUGACCACGCAACAAAUAAAUCUCUCUCCUUUUGGAAACUCCUGCUUUGCACUGCAUUUUCCUGAGCGGCAGCUGUUAUUACAUCUAAAGGUGCAACUCAAGCCUAUUCAUUGGCAUUAUCCACUGGUCUUUAUUGUGGGUCUUAUUCUAUUUUGGGAGGCAGAUUCACUUAGUAGAAGCGUAACUUUUUAUUAUGGAUCUGGCAUUGUCCUUGGAGUGGUUGUCUCUCUGCUGUUAGCUGUAUUCCUUUUGCAUCGACUUAUUCCAUCUAAAAGUGGUGCCUACAUGCUGUUAGCUGGGGGAUGGAGUAUAUCUCUCUUUGUCCUGCAAUGGACCUGGAACAAUCUUGUGGAUCUUGUCCUGGACAGAAAUGUUUUUGUUAUAACUUAUUUUACAAUAGCAGGCCUGGUCAGCUUUGGUCUGUGUUACUAUAAUGGCCCUGUGAGUAACCAGAGAGGGCUGGAUCUCAUUCGCUGGACCAUCCAGUUUAUAGCAGUCUAUCUGAUGUACAAGGGCAUCCAGCCGGAGUCGCUCUCCCUUGCUGUCCUGAUCAUUGCUCUGCUAACUUUCUUUCUCCGCAAUGUCAACCUAAUGCAAAAAGCUAUUAACAUUCUCCCUAAAGAUUGUGUGCCUUGGCGAGUUCGCUAUAUGUUGUUCCCCCCAGAUCUGAGAUUAUUAUCAGAGCAUGAGUUUGAGCUUCAGGGUGAGAUGGAGACUAGGCGGGCCUUACAGGAGCUCAGGGAGUACUGUAAUAGUCCCGACUGUCAAGCAUGGAAAGUGUUGAGCAGAGUGCAUGACCCAAGAAGAUUAGCAAAGUUCGUCACAGAUGGAGAUCAUAUAUCAGAUGACGAGUACCGUGCGUACGAAGACGGCGCCUACACUUACCCUGUGGAAGACCCAUUCACAGACGACGAGGCCCCCUCUUAGCAGAUAUGUGAAUCGUGUAGAGCACCUUACCCCAGAAUCAAAUUUUACAUAUUCGUUCGCAAAUUUUAAGUUUAUUUAUUUUUAAUUUAUUUUCCGUACUCUUGCUAAAAAAGCAACUAAAUUGUGUUACUAGAAAAAGGGGGUUUAAACACCUUGUGAUCUCGAACUUUUAUUCUUAGUUAGAGUUUAUAAGAUAUGGUUUUAUUAAACAUUGUCACGUGUA